GGCUGGCUGGGAAGAUGGCGGCGGGAGCCCUGGCUGCCGCCGCGGAGCGGGCCCGGGUUGUCCGGGGAGCACGGGCCGGGGCCGGGGCCGGGCCAUGAGCGCGCCGCCCUCGCGUCCCCGAGCCGCGGAGCCCGCCCGCGCACCUCGCCAUGGCGCGGCUCGCGGACUACUUCGUGCUGGUGGCGUUCGGGCCGCACCCGCGCGGGAGUGGGGAAGGCCAGGGCCAUAUCCUGCAACGCUUCCCAGAGAAGGACUGGGAGGACAACCCGUUCCCCCAGGGCAUCGAGCUGUUUUGCCAGCCCAGCGGGUGGCAGCUGUGUCCUGAGAGGAACCCACCAACCUUCUUCGUUGCCGUCCUCACCGACAUCAACUCUGAGCGGCACUACUGCGCCUGCUUGACCUUCUGGGAGCCAGCAGAGCCCACACAGGAAGUGGUGUGUGCCGAGGACGCCACUGAGCGGGAGGAGGAGGCGGACGAGGGUGGCCCAGCGCAGCUGUCACCUGCGACCCCUGGCCCACCUGGCCAGCUGUUCGCACCAAAGACACUGGUGCUGGUGUCUCGACUGGACCACGCAGAGGUGUUCAGGAACAGCCUGGGCCUCAUUUACACCAUCCAUGUGGAGGGCCUGAACGUGGGCCUGGAGAAUGUGAUUGGAAACCUGCUCACGUGCAUCAUCCCCCUGGCUGGGGGCUCACAGAGAACCAUCUCUUUGGGGGCCGGUGACCGGCAGGUCAUCCAGACCCCACUCGCCGACUCGCUGCCCAUCAGCCGCUGCAGUGUCGCCCUGCUGUUCCGCCAGUUGGGCAUCACCAACGUGCUGUCUUUGUUCUGCGCUGCGCUCACAGAGCACAAGGUGCUCUUCCUGUCCCGGAGCUACCAGCGGCUCUCAGACGCCUGCCGGGGCCUCCUGGCGUUGCUGUUUCCUCUCCGAUACAGCUUCACCUACGUGCCCAUCCUGCCGGCGCAGCUCUUGGAGGUCCUCAGCACCCCCACGCCCUUCAUCAUCGGUGUCAACGCGGCCUUCCAGGCAGAGACCCAAGAGCUGCUGGACGUGAUCAUUGCUGAUCUCGACGGAGGGACGGUGACGGUCCCUGAGUGUGUGCACAUUCCCCCCCUGCCGGAGCCGCUGCAGAGUCAGACGCAUAGUGUGCUGAGCAUGGUCCUGGAUCCAGAGCUGGAGUUAGCGGAUCUUGCCUUCCCACCACCGUCAACGAACGCUUCCUCCCUGAAGAUGCAGGACAAGGAGCUGCGUGCUGUCUUUCUGCGGCUCUUUGCUCAGCUUCUACAGGGUUAUCGUUGGUGUCUGCACAUGGUCCGCAUCCAUCCAGAGCCUGUCAUCCGCUUUCAUAAGGCAGCCUUCCUGGGCCAGCGUGGGCUGGUGGAGGAUGAUUUCCUGAUGAAGGUGCUGGAGGGCAUGGCCUUUGCAGGCUUCGUGUCAGAGCGUGGGGUCCCUUACCGUGCUACGGACCUGUUCGAUGAGCUGGUGGCCCAUGAGGUGGCACGGAUGCGGGCAGAUGAGAACCACCCCCAGCGCGUCCUGCGUCACGUCAAAGAACUGGCAGAGCAGCUUUACAAGAAUGAGAAUCCAUACCCCGCUGUGGCUAUGCACAAGGUGCAGAGGCCGGGGGAGGCCAGUCACCUGCGGCGGGUGCCCCGCCCCUUCCCCCGGCUGGACGACGGCAUGGUGCAGUGGAUCGUGGACCAGGCCACAGCCAAGAUGCAGGGCGCACCACCGGCCGUGAAGGCUGAGAGGAGGACCACCGUGCCCUCGGGGCCCCCCAUGACUGCCAUCUUGGAGCGGAGUAGCGGGCUCCAUGGCAACAGCGCACGCCGGCUGGAGGUGGUUCGAAACUGUAUCUCGUACGUGUUUGAGGGGAAGAUGCUUGAGGCCAAGAAGCUGCUCCCAGCUGUCCUGAGGGCACUGAAGGGGCGCGCAGCGCGCCGCUGCCUCACGCAAGAGCUGCACCUGCACGUGCAGCAGAACCGGGCAGUCCUGGACCACCAGCAGUUUGACUUUGUUGUCCGCAUGAUGAACUGCUGCCUGCAGGACUGCACCUCCCUGGACGAGCAUGGCAUCGCAGCGGCUCUGCUGCCCCUGGUCACAGCCUUCUGCCGGAAGCUGAGCCCGGGAGUGACCCAGUUUGCGUACAGCUGCGUGCAGGAGCACGUGGUGUGGAGCACCCCGCAGUUUUGGGAGGCCAUGUUCUAUGGGGACGUGCAGACCCACAUCCGGGCCCUCUACCUAGAGCCCGCUGAGGACGGAGACCACGUGCAGGUGUGCGGGGACCCCCGGGCCUCGGGCCUCAGGCCAGCCCAGCCCCGUCCUGGCUCACUUUCGGCGCUGUGGCAGGUGGGGGAGCUGUCUGCACCGGAGGAUGAGCGCUCUGCCCUGGAUGUGGCCUCUGAGCAGCGGCGCCUGUGGCCAACCCUGAGCCGAGAGAAGCAGCAGGAGCUGGUGCAGAAGGAGGAGAGCACGGUGUUCAGCCAGGCCAUCCAUUACGCUAACCGCAUGAGCUACUUGCUGCUGCCCCUGGACAGUAGCAAGAGCCGCCUCCUGCGGGAGCGUGCAGGGCUGGGCGACCUAGAGAGUGCCAGCAACAGCCUGGUCACCAGCAGCAUGGCGGGCAGUGUGGCAGAGAGCUAUGACACGGAGAGUGGCUUCGAGGAUGCAGAGACCUGCGAUGUGGCUGGGGCCGUGGUCCGCUUCAUUAACCGCUUUGUGGACAAGGUCUGCACAGAGAGUGGGGUCACCAGCGACCACCUCAAGGGGCUGCAUGUCAUGGUGCCAGACAUCGUCCAGAUGCACAUCGAGACUCUGGAGGCUGUGCACCGUGAGAGCAAGAGGCUGCCCCCCAUCCAAAAGCCGAAACUGCUGCGGCCACGCCUGCUACCUGAUGAGGAGUGUGUGCUGGACGGCCUGCGUGUCUACCUGCUGCCAGAUGGGCGUGAGGGGGGCGCGGGGGGCACCGGGGGGGGGCCCGCACUGCUCCCGGCUGAGGGCGCCGUCUUCCUUACCACGUACCGGGUGAUCUUCACGGGGAUGCCCACCGACCCCCUGGUCGGGGAACAGGUGGUGGUGCGUUCCUUCCCGGUGGCUGCGCUGACCAAGGAGAAGCGCAUCAGCGUGCAGACCCCCGUGGACCAGCUCCUGCAGGACGGGCUGCAGUUGCGUUCCUGCACAUUCCAGCUCCUGAAGAUGGCCUUUGACGAGGAGGUGGGGUCCGACAGCGCCGAGCUCUUCCGCAAGCAGCUCCACAAGCUUCGGUACCCGCCAGACAUCAGGGGCACCUUCGCCUUCACCCUGGGUUCCACCCACACACCCGGCCGGCCACCCCGCACCACCAAGGACAAGGGCCCUUCGCUCAGGACCCUGUCCCGGAAUAUCGUGAAGAAUGCCAAGAAAACCCUCGGGCGGCAGUACGUUACUCGGAAGAAGUACAACCCCCCCAGCUGGGAGCAGCGGGGCCAGCCACCUCCUGAGGACCAGGAGGAUGAGAUUUCAGUGUUGGAGGAGCUGGAGCCCAGCACACUGACCCCAUCCUCGGCCCUGAAGCCCUCGGAUCGCAUGACCAUGAGCAGCCUGGUGGAGCGGGCCUGCUGCCGGGACUACCAGCGUCUGGGGCUGGGCACACUGAGCAGUAGCCUGAGCCGCGCCAAGUCUGAGCCCUUCCGAAUCUCCCCGGUCAACCGCAUGUACGCCAUCUGCCGCAGCUACCCGGGGCUGCUGAUCGUCCCCCAGAGCGUCCAGGACAACGCCCUGCAGCGUGUGUCCCGCUGCUACCGCCAGAACCGUUUCCCGGUGGUGUGCUGGCGCAGCGGGCGUUCCAGGGCAGUGCUGCUGCGCUCCGGCGGCCUGCAUGGCAAGGGCGUCGUCGGCCUGUUCAAGGCCCAGAACGCGCCUUCCCCAGGCCAGUCCCAGGCUGACUCUGGCAGCCUGGAGCAGGAGAAGUACCUGCAGGCGGUGGUCAACUCCAUGCCCCGCUACGCGGAUGCAUCUGGGCGGAACACCCUCAGCGGCUUUUCCUCCGCCCACGUGGGCAGCCACGUGCCCAGCCCCAGAGCCAGGGUCACCACGCUGUCCAACCCCAUGGCGGCCUCGGCCUCCAGAUGGACCGCUCCCCGAGGUAAACUGGGCAGUGUCCGGGCCAGUGGGCGCAGCAGUGGGCUCGGUGCUGACGUGGGCUCCCGGCUAGCAGGCAGAGACAUGCUGGGCCCGCCCCAGGCUAACGGGGCCCCCCCUGACCCAGGCUUUCUGCGGCCCCAGCGUGCAGCCCUCUACAUCAUUGGGGACAAAGCCCAGCUCAAGGGUGUGCGGCCAGACCCCCUGCAGCAGUGGGAGCUGGUGCCCAUUGAGGUGUUCGAGGCACGGCAGGUGAAGGCCAGCUUUAAAAAGCUGCUGAAGGCAUGUGUCCCGGGCUGCCCCGUCCUUGAGCCCAGCUCUGUCUCCUUCCUGCGCUCACUGGAGGACUCAGAGUGGCUGAUCCAGAUCCACAAGCUGCUCCAGGUGUCGGUGCUGGUGGUGGAGCUCCUUGACUCAGGCUCCUCCGUCCUGGUGAGCCUGGAGGACGGCUGGGACAUCACCACCCAGGUGGUGUCUCUGGUGCAGCUGCUGUCCGACCCCUUCUACCGCACGCUGGAGGGCUUUCGUCUGCUGGUGGAAAAGGAGUGGCUCUCCUUCGGCCAUCGCUUCAGCCACCGCGGGGCCCACACGCUGGCUGGGCAGGGCAGUGGCUUCACGCCCGUCUUCCUGCAGUUCCUGGACUGUGUGCACCAGGUCCACCUGCAGUUCCCCAUGGAGUUCGAGUUCAGCCCCUUCUACCUCAAGUUCCUUGGCUACCACCACGCAUCCCGCCGCUUCCGGACUUUUCUGCUCGACUCGGACUAUGAGCGCAUUGAGCUGGGGCUACUGUACGAGGAGAAGGGGGAGCGCAGGGGCGCGCAGGCGUGCAGGUCCGUGUGGGAGUACAUGGACCGGCUGAGCAAGAGGACACCCGUGUUCUACAACUACAUGUACGCACCUGAGGACACAGAGGUCCUGCGGCCCUACAGCAAUGUGUCCAACCUGAAGGUGUGGGACUUCUACACCGAGGAGACGCUGGCCGAGGGGCCCCCCUACGACUGGGAGCUGGCCCAGGGGCCCCCCGAGCCCCCAGAGGAAGAGCGGCCUGACGGGGGUGCGCCCCAGAGCAGGCGUCGGGUGGUGUGGCCCUGUUACGACAGCCGCCCCCGAGCCCAGCCGGAUGCCAUCUCAUGCCUGCUGGAGGAGCUACAGCGGCUGGAGGCGGAGCUGGGGCGACCCCCUGAGCGCUGGAAGGACACCUGGGAUCGGGUGAAGGCAGCACAGCGCCUCGAGGGCCGGCCAGAUGGACGUGGCACCCCCAGCUCCCUGCUGGCAUCCAGCGUGCCCCACCACCGCCGCUCGCUAGGUGUGUACCUGCAGGAGGGGCCUGUGGGCUCCACUCUGAGCCUCAGCCUGGACAGCGACCAGAGCAGCGGCUCAACGGCAUCCAGUUCCCGCCAGGCAGCCCGCCGCAGCACCAGCACCUUGUACAGCCAGUUCCAGACGGCCGAGAGUGAGAACAGGUCAUAUGAGGGCACCCUGUACAAGAAGGGGGCCUUCAUGAAGCCCUGGAAGGCCCGCUGGUUCGUGUUGGACAAGACCAAGCACCAGCUGCGCUACUAUGACCACCGUGUGGACACGGAAUGCAAGGGUGUCAUCGACCUGGCAGAAGUGGAGGCCGUGGCCCCCGGCACUCCCACGUUGGGUGCCCCCAAGACCGUGGACGAGAAGGCCUUCUUUGACGUGAAGACGACGCGUCGCGUUUACAACUUCUGUGCCCAGGACGUGCCCUCAGCCCAGCAGUGGGUGGACCAGAUCCAGAGCUGCCUGUCAGACGCCUGAGCCCAGCUCUGCUCCGGCUGCUGCACGUCCCGUCGUUAGAGACCACUAGGGGUGGGCAGGGCCCCCCGGCCAUGUUUACAGCCCCCACCCUCGACAGUAUUGAGGUCCCGCCCCCCAAACUUAGGUGUACAGCCCCUGUGAGCUCCCACCCCCGCCCACCCCUGCCCACCUGGCCAGCUGUAACUUAUUCUGCAGUUAUGGGUGAGCGCCGGCCGGGAGGCGGCCAUGGUACAGCCCUCGCGGUGGGCCUGUAAAUAGAGCCCCCGCCCCCGUCAGCGUGUGGUCCCAGCUGGCCGGCCACAGGCAACCUGUUCCUCGAACCAGAGUCUAUAAAGAGAGAACUAAC